CUCCAGGAAGCCAUGUGUCUUUGUUUUGAUUUUGGUAGACCUGUCAAAACUGCUCGUUUUUGGAGAGAAUCCUGAUCUUUUCCCCCAAAAAAACCCGAUUUGCUGUGACUCUAAGAUCCAGAGACUGUUUUCAACCAGUUUGAUGUGGCAGUGGCCGUGUAUGGGGCUUCAGGCACACUGUCGUAAGACGAAGUCCACCACUAAUUGUAUGGGUAACAUACGCAGCCGCAGCAAGCAUGGUCAGGGGAUGACUAAGGAGGUGCUGGAGUUUCAUCAUGCCGUCAUGGCAAACGAUGUGGAGAGAGUACGACAGUUGACAAUGACAGGGGUAGACCUAAACGCCCCGUGGAAUAAUCCGGGUUACCCGACAAUGAAGGAUGGGAGCACACCUCUCAUCUGCUCAGUCUCAUUGAACUUUACAGAAAUUGUUAAGAUUUUGUUGUCUGCUGGUGCUCAAGUGAACAAGACUGGUGGUUAUGGUGAUAGUCCAUUGUUCAAAGCGGCUCUUCAUGGCAGAACAGAGAUGAUCAGAACUCUUUUAGAUGCUGGUGCAGAUAUAAAUUUGGCAAAUUUUGACGGACUGACACCUCUCAAUAUAUGUGUCACAGACUUCAUAGUCCAUAAUAAAGAAUGUGCAGUGAAGUUAUUACUUGAUUCUGGUGCAGACAUAAGAAGCUGUGAUAGAAAGGGACAUACAGCGCUUCAUGUAGCAGCUCACGGCAAAUCAUCUAAGAUGGUGGAACUCCUACUGAGUGUCGGAAGUAAUCCCAAUUGGACAGACCACAUGGGUAGGACACCUCUCUACCUGUGCAUGUCUACGUUAAGCUCCACCUUGUAUAAAGAGGACAUGAAAAUUCAACUACCAACUAUCAGGGCACUAUUUUAUGCCGGCUGUGACAUGUUGAAUGCAGUGGAGUGGCUUCUUUGGAAAGGGUCAGGAAUACCAGAUGAAAUGUUCCAUGAUCCCGAUGAACCAUUUUUACAAUGGUACAUUUAUAGUUACACAAAUCCGAUGUCACUGAGUGAUAUUUGUCGUAAAAAAAUUCAAAGGGUGCUUUUAAAAAAACGCUAUACACAUCUACCUGAAGUUGUGAAGAGUUUUCAACUACCUAAGAGUCUUGAAGAAUUCAUUAGUCGGAAGAUGUGUCAUGGUAUGGACAGGACAAUGAAUUACCUAUCCUUGAUAACAGACAUUGAAAAUCAAGGUCCCGCUGUACCGAGGUAGAUUCUUGAGUGUGACAGGUUUAAUGUAAAGAGUUUUGGGGGCCCAGUGUUCAAUCACAAGGACUGUAUGUAAGAGGCCAAUGUUUGUUACAUGUAUGCACAUUAAAACAAUCAAUCACAAUAUAAAACUGAUACUCAGCAAGAACUUAGUUCUCAAGUCAAAUAUAUGCAAUGUUGGUCGUCUCAAGACCAUUUUCUCAAAAAUUGGCAAAAAUCUCAGCAAAUUGAAACUUAGUUGUACCACACAUUUACAUGCAAUGCAAUUUUUUCUCAUUGACAUAUCAUUAUUAGUGCAAUAAAGAUAGCCAGAUGGCUGAUUUCUGU